AUGACUGUCGCGCCAGAUUCACUCACGUCAUCCAUGGCCGGCCUCGGUGUAUCUAAACAAUUCACCCUCUCUAGCUCCGACUCUUCAUCUUCCGUUGACGACGACGCUCCUCUGCCAUUCCCUGAAGCUCUUCCUCGCGCCGACUUUCUCGCUAAAGACUUUCAACCUGCCGCUUACCUGUCCGCUUUACCGCACCGCCACCAAACACUCGAGGAUUUAAGAUCGGACCUGCGCGACCGAAGUGCUGCUAUUAGCUCUGAACUUCUCGAACUCGUCAAUUCAAAUUACACAGCUUUCCUUUCCCUGGGUAGCGAGCUGCGCGGCGGGGACGACAAGGUCGAAAAUGCCAAAGUCUCUCUACUAGGCUUUCGCAGAGCUGUUGAAGAAGUCAAAACCAAGGUGACGGAGCGGAGGGAAGAGACUAAUACUCUCAAUGGGGAGCUACGUGGUGUGCGAUCCGCUAUCGAAAAGGGUCGAAAGAUGAUGGAGCUAUCUGAGCGGCUUGCAUCUUUAGAAGAACGCCUCUCUUUGGACAGUCUACCAGCUGGCGAAGAUUGGGAUGAGGAUAGUGAGGAUGAAGGGGAGGACGACAACUACGGGAGCUCAACUGCGAAGUUGCUCACUUCAGCUCAAGAAUGUAGCCGAAUCACAAAGCUACUCGAGUCCAUGGACCCCGACACACCAUAUGUGAUCAAAAUGGAGGAACGUUUGGCACGUUGCAGAAACACAUUGCUGCUGGAUUUGGGCAAUGCGCUGAAAGAAGCCAAAAAGGCUGGCGUUAAGGGCCAGGACAGAGUCCUCAAGUGCCUGGCGAUAUAUAGAGUGCUAGAUGCACAAUCAGAGGCCGUCAAGGCUCUCCGAGGCGGUUAA